GUUAUGGGAAAUCGUUAAUAUAUCAGAUUCUACCGUUGCUGUUGUACUGCAAAGAAUGGUUAGAAGGAAGCCAGAUUCAACGUUCCAUUAAUGAAUGCGACUUAACGUCUGUCGUUAUUGUUAUUUCCCCUCUAAAUUCGCUCAUUAACGACCAAAUUCGGAAGAUACUUACGACAGGCCUUCGAGUGUCCAUAUUAAAUGUCAACAGAACUUGUGAUGAUAUUACAAGUGAUUCUAGCGACGACGAAGUUCUCUGCGACGUAGUUGAACUUGACAAAAAGGAAAGACUGCUUGCUGGUUAUUAUAACAUUUUAUUUGCACAUCCUGAAUCACUGUUAUCUAGCAGAUUUGGACGAAGUCUUGUCAAUAGUGUGGUCUAUCAAAAAAAUGUUUGUGCUCUUGUCAUUGAUGAAGCACACUGCAUCAUAGAAUGGUAUGUAUAUAAAUAUGUGUAUGUAUGUAUGUAUAUAAAUUAUGAGAUAACAAAUUUGUAUGGUUUACCUGUAAUAGUUUGGAAGAAAUGUUAUUCGCUAAUAUAG